AAAAAAAUAUCUUCGAGUUACGAAUGAUUAAAAUUUAUUAUGAAGAUUUAUAUAUUUAUUCAUAGUCUGGUAACGACUGUUUCAUCGGUGAUAAGUUUCAGGAAAGAUUUAUUAUUAGCAUCCAAUAUCAAAUCAUGGAUCACAGAUCACAAUUUUACAGAAAUCAUCAAUUUAUCGUUCUCUUUUUCUAAAUGUUGUAACGUUUUUUUAAGCGAUUCAACGGAAGAUUUGCAUAUAUUUUUCGAUCGAUUCAGAACCGUUUAUCCUUACGAUUAUUUCUUGAAACGGAACGCGAACGAGUACGAGCAAGAAUGUAACGGAUACCUUUUGCUAGGAUCGUGUGAUGACGAAAUUAUGAUAUUUAUGAAAAAAAUACCAUCGUUAUUGUGGAAUACAGAAAUUCUAAUCAUUGUGAAUAAUGAUAUUUCUAACGACUCUAAUAUUCUUGAUAAUUCCAUUUAUGGAAUUGCAAGUGUAAAUAUUAUUUCUAUGUCGGGUAUAUGGAAAUUAUCUGACAAUUACUUGAACCCGCGAGUAUUUGCCAAACUUGAUAAAUACGAAGAGAUAAAGAUCGACGAGAAUAUUAAUUUUCACGGACAAGAAUUACAAGUUUGCAGCAUUUAUAAUCCUCCCAUGACUUACUUGAAUCAUACAAUUCGAAAAACGAUCAAUAGUUUCGAAGCUGAAGUGUACGCAAUGGAUAAAGAUUUGGACUGGGACGGUAUCGAAAUGAAAUUGUUCUUAAUAAUGGCGGAAAAAUUAAAUUUUACGUGGACCAUAAGAAAACCAGAGGGAAAUUACACAUUUGGAAAACGAUUCAACGAAACAUAUUGGAUUGGCGGUAUGAUACAAAUGUUAAUCGAUCAAAAGGUGGAUAUCGCGUUUGCUAGCAUUUGGGUGACAUUGGAUCAGAAUAAAUUCGUAACAUUUUCGAUACCUUGGUACGAUGUGUAUCUCCAUUUCUUGGUGCCACGUCCACGUCGAACCACAAGUUUUUGGGCGUUGAAAAAACCGUUUUCCAAGAAAAUUUGGUGCUUGCUUCUGUCCGCGUUGCUCCUGCACAGCCUUUACACUUACGUUCGUUCAUGGAUCGACUCUAAAUUUCCAAAACGAUAUCGAAAUUUUCUAAUUACUUUCAUCGAUUUAAUUGGAUAUUUGUUAAGCAGCUCGGUACCAAAGACCGUUGUACCAAAUAGAUUACAAAUACUUCUCUGGCAGACUGUAGGCUGGUUAAUAAUUGCUGCAUAUUGCAGUAGUCUCGCUGCUAGACUUGCAACUUGGGAUUACGAAAACAGGAUCGAUACCUUCAAGCAAUUCAUCGAGGCGAAUUUGUCAUGGGGGAAAUCAGGUCAACCGCCACCGUUUAACGAUUACUUCGAUCUUAAUGAUCCAGAUUCGGUUCAAUUGCAAAACAGAUACUAUCAAAUAGAAAAUAAUACGCAAUUGGAGAGAUUUAUAAUAGAAGGUAAUUAUGCAAUUCUGGGCAAAAUAAUCGAAACAUGUUUUAUUCCGACCGAUUAUAUAACAACUGAAAAUCUCAAGAAUUAUAGAUUGAUGAGAGAAUCGUUGGCACACUUUUACGCUGCUUUCGCAAUUCAACCACGGCUAUUGAAGCCUAUAAAUGAAAUGAUUCUAUGGUUGAAGGAGACCGGUAUUGUUAUUUGGCAUUUACGCGAUGUCAUACGAAGACGAGGUAAUUAUAAUUUUCGCGAAGUUUUCAUUGAACGUGACAGAUACGAUGGAAGCGUGCAAGUUCUUGGAUUGACGCCGCUUGGCGCCGGAUUUUCACUCCUACUCGUCGGAUUUUUUAUAGCUACGUUAAUAUUUUGUUUGGAAUUAUAUAAUAUUAAUUGGAAACAAAUCAUUGAGAAAAUAUCCGUCCUUCGCGUUCUUCGAGAUAGAACAAUAUGA